AUGUCUCAAGACGAGGAAGCUAACGAACACACUCAGCUCCUGGACCCUAAAGUAGAAUGCCUCAUCAAUUAUAUCCUCCCAUUGUCCAAAGGAGAGCGAGCUCUAGCAGAAACUGCAAUAGGAGAGCGCCUGUCGUACAAUGAUUACACAACCAUUGACUGGCUACAUGAUUUUGGUAGAAUUCCAAGUCGAUAA